GGACUCACGAAUACCUGCGGCUCUGGUCUGCGCCCCUGACCCUGCCCCUGCCUCCUCCUCUUGGUGAAUGUUUGAAAUACACAUGUAUGUUGAAGGGGCAUGGAAUUGAAUUGAGGUAGAUAGCAGGGAAGAUUAGAGGAUGUAGUUUACUUAGAACUCAAACUUUGCUGAAAGUGCACUGUAGAUGAACAGCACAGCUGGGAGAAAUUUUUCUAGUUUUUUUUCUCGUGAUGAAUAGAGGUAGUUGAUAAUAUGACCAGAGCCUUGAAUACAUUGAAUGUGGAUGUGUUUUGGAUAGUAGUGGUCCAUUUUGGAUGGGAACAAACAAAAAACAUUUUCUUUUCCUUUAUUAUAUAGUUAGAUUCUUGAUCAACAAUCGCCACCUUUCCAGUAACGUAAAUAACCUCAACCGGGUACAGCAAUGUCGAAUCCCCUUGAGCUUCUUCUCGACCACCUCCUUCUAUUAUCGGAACGAGUAGGAGAUUCUCUCUCCCGAGCGACCUACAACCCGCCUGAAGCGUCCAAUGUCAACAUCAAGUCCACUCUCGAGUCCCUUCUUCCUCAUCGGCUCUCGCCUUCAUACUCUGAUAUCUCUGACUUUGAAAUCACGGCCAAAAUGAGUGACUUCACCCUAUGUUGCGCAGCUUUGGCUGCUGCCUCUUACUCCUCUUGUGUGGAGCUCUUGUGGAUUCCCAGUUCGCUCUCUGUGGCCGCAGUCUCGGCAUUCAAGCUGCUCUAUGAAGCGUACUCGAAUUUUUUUGGCUCCAAAGAGUCGAUGAAAGUUGGCCAAUUCGAGUUUGAUUUGAAAUUUGUGCCCAAUGACGUGCGGUUACUGAUUGAGUUAAUGCCUCAAGUGCUUCCCUCGCUUAAAAAUAAAAUAAAGGAGAGUGUCAUUGAUAGGUCGAUUGACACUGAUGAGUUUUCUGCUGCUAGCGCUAGAACUCCUGCAGCUUAUGCAAUUCUUGCUGCCCACCAAUUCAAAUGGCUUGUUACCCAGGUGAGCUAUCCAUUUCUGGGGAAGGUUUGCUCUUUGGUCAUUCCUUGUGGACUAACGGCUCUAGAUCACUGGUCACAAGAAGUGAAAGGACAGGGCAUGAUUAGCUUCAUACAUUUAUCUAAAAAUGUGAAUUCAGCUGAUAUUGGUUUGUAUGAGGAUGUAAUUCUUGAUGCUUGCUGCCAAAAUAUUGCUUCAUCAGAUGAUGAAAUAUGGGAAUAUGUUGUUGAGAUGUCAGUUCUCAUGGUGACUCUUACCCAGAGAAAUAGUCCACGGAGCAUAUGGUAUGAAAAGCUGCUUAAUGAGAUGUUGAGUCACCUGGAAAGGCAGCCUAAGAAUAAGGAGCGCCGCAUUGCAUGGCUUAAACAUAUUGAGCCACUAUUCAACAGUGUAGGCCUUGUACUGCUAUCUCAUUUUAGGCGUAUUUUUCCUCUGUUCUUUAAAUGGAUGCAUGCCGAUGACGACGACACUGUUUUAUUGGUACUAGAGCGUACGAAAUCAGUUUUGAGAUUGACAUGGAUAAGGAAUUCUCCAUACACUGACAGAUUGGUGGAUGAGCUUAUCACUCUGUACAAGGAAGCAGCGGUGAGAGUUCUUCGUGAAGACAUCAGAUCGUGUAUUCUUCAGACACUAAUAUUGCUCCAGAAGUCCAGUGGUUUACAUUUUGAAGUAGCUUGGGACAAGCACAAGAGUGAUCUGGAUUUGACUGUUCUCCACCAACUCUUAUUGGGAAGUCAUACAGCAGUGGUAGAGUAGCCCCCCUUCUAGAAAUGUUUUGGAUGUAAUAGAGGUUUCUUAUUUACAUUUCAACACAGCAUUGAUUAUAGUUGAAGUAUCCAUAUAGGCAUAUUGUUGCCCUGAGCCACUAAGGCUAUACGCAAAACCAGCAAUAGGAAGACUUGGCUUUUUAUUAACAUGAGGUAUUGAAAAAACAUACCGAGUAUUUCAUUAAUAAGACAUAGGAAGAUAAACUAAAAGGACCUUUAAAAAAAGGAAAUGCAUUAUUGAAAGAAGCUAACAACACACUAUUGGACUUCAAAACGACACAAAGCACUCGGUAAUUCUUCAUCUUUGUUCCAAUAAUAUUCUGCACAGGGUGUAUUUCCUUGAUCACAAAUAGUAGUCUCUUUUCCGCUUGAUCUAAUCUAUAACAAAUUGAAAGCCAAAAGUAGCAAGGCAUCUAUCCUUGCCAGCAGGUUUGAGGAUUUCCUUUCUUUUUUGAUAUAUGGAGGUUUUAUAAUUCAAUGUAAAUUGUCACCCUGCAACAAAUUUAGAUAUAUAUAUAUAUAUGUACAAAAAUGUUAAAUUCUACUCCCUCCGUCCCAAAAAGAUUUAAACCUUUCAAAAAAAUUGUGUCCCACAAUCUCCUAUCCAUUUCUAUUAAAAAACCACUUUUACCCCUUACUUUUUCAAACCCUACCUAUCACAUCAUACCUUUUUCCUAAUAAUCUACACAUCACAUCUUACUUUUAUCCAUCACAUCAAAGGUAUUUUUGGAAAGUUAACACAAAAUUAUCCCUCCCUUAAUUUCAACUUUAGUCAAAAUAUGUAAAUCUUUUUGGGACGGAGGUAGUAUAACAUUUUUUACUAUUUACAGGUCUCACAAAAAAUGAAGAAUACCUUUCUGUCUUCAAAAGCUAGUUCCAAAGUCUCUCCAAACUGCUCACUUGGUGGAUCGUGAUACACUCGUAUGACAUAGAGUUAUAAAUUUCAAUCCAUCUUUAUAGGGUUAACUUUAUUCAAUUCGGACCAUUUAGAAGCAGCAGAAAUAGGAAUUACCAUUGUGGGAAUUUAUGAUGAAAAGAGGUAGAGAGAUAAAGUUAUGAAGGAUUGGUAUGAAAUCCUCUAAAGAGAUAAAGUUGUGCACGAAUUAAAAAUGUGAAGAAAUGGCAUGGAAUAUAAUUGGAAAAAUGAU